AUGCUCAAAUCUGUCACUAAAAAGUUGAAACCGUUCAUUGAAGCAAAACUUAAUGAGGAAUAUGUGUCUAUAGCGAACGAUGCGAAUUUGUACUGUUUGGACUACAUUGAAGAGCGACUGAAACGCUCCAAUAUCGAUUCAAAUCUUGAAUUUAUCCGACCCAAAGCUGUGUCUGAGAGCACUCUAUCAAUUUCUUUAAAAAUAAUCGAAGUCGGCGAGCUUCUGGAAACAUCUUAUCCCCAUCUUUAUAACAAUGUUUCAAAACAGCUCAAGGUAAAAUUACGGAGCGAGGUAAUAGUCGGCGAUAUUUUCAGAAACUUUGGACGCGAGCUGUUUCGGGAAGGUGUCACUUGGGGACGAAUUGUAGCCCUGUUCGCGUUUGCAGCUGCUAUCAGUGCCGACUGCAUAACACAGGGACGACCAGAACUCGUGAAAAAUGUACUUAGUUGCGUCAGGCUCUACGUUUUGGAUCACUUGGCGGUUUGGAUAAGGAGCCAAGGCGGAUGGGUUGAUAUCAGUGAAACAUUUAAAUGCAUUGAAAAGAGAUAUUCAAUGGCGUAUUUCCUUCGAUGGUUUGACUACAACAGAUUGUGGCUGGUCAAUACGACGAAGGAAAGACUUCACUCGUUUCUGUGCGCAACAAUAGAGUGCAUUGGUCUCAUUGACGGAGGCUAAAUAUCCUGCUCGUAUAAUAAUACCAAAUAAAAACAACAUUUAUCCCUUUUAUAGGGAUAUGUGUAUCAUAUAACUUAAAAAUUAAAUGUUAAUCAAUCCCCAAUAAGCUAGUGUUUGUUGACAAUCUAGCAAUACACUGGUUUAGUUAUAUACGCCUAUGAACUUGACUGCGAAAAUUAAAAGAGAGACCGGGAUCUGAGGCGAAUUCCGCACAAUGUUCAGUAGUUAGCAGUUUCUAUUAGAACAAAGUCAGGAACUUUAAGUCAAAAAUAGCAAGUUUAUUUCAAUUGAGGCUCCAAUAAAAUAUACUUUUUAAAAAACAUUUUGAUUCAUACAAAAAUAACAAAAAAUAUUUCAAUUUCAUCAGUUUUUGUUCUUUUUGCUUAAUUUUUUUGCCGUAAACAGGAAUAUAUUAUUGUUUCAAGGACAUAAUUUUGAUAACCAUCUCUCUGUAAUGAUAUAUUUAAAUACUCCUAGCUAUG